AUGGACAACGCACGCGCGUCAUCGCCACAUGUGGGUGAUACAUGCAGUGAUGCAAACGCGUCAAUGACGCCGAAUAUGUCGGCUACAUACCGAAAUGUGCGACCCCUCCAGACCGCGUUCGUGUCCAGUGGGCUCGUCUCCAAGCGGCGGCGUGAUCUCCUGCCGGAACUUCGUUCGUCGGAUAAUCUGCGCGCAGACGCUGCGACAUAUCAGGGAAUGGAAUCGACGCGCUCGGUCCCGUCGAUUGCAUCUCUCAGUGCAGAUGCAUCACAGAGUGCGCGUCCCCUGCGCGAGGUCGUGGAGGCUGCGAUGGCAGAUCGGUCGUUCAACGUUUCGCGCCGACCCCCCGCAGCGGUGAUGCCUGAUACACCCGUGAAGCCCAUGAUGGGGAUGUCAGAAGCUGUGAGAUCAGCGCGCAUGCACCGCCGUGGCUGUUCGAUGGGGGGUGCAUUUCCGAGCAAAUCGCCGCUCUUUCAGACGGCGACGACGCCCAAGUCACCAUCCGGCCCAUUCAGUGGAUUCUCGAGCACGUUUGCCAGCAAAAAAGCCAUGCCAAGCACUGUCUUGAGGCGCAGUGGGCACAUUCGCUCAGCCAGUGAACGUAUUCCCGGCACGCGCCACAUGUUUUUGAAUGAAAUACCCGUGCGGCCGCCCAACGUCGAUCCCGACGAUGUGUUUGAGGCCCCCAGUGAAUCGCCUCUUCGUCCCGUCGCAGCUCAACGUGAGGCGCCAGAUAUGUUGCUGCCUGAGCGCCGUCGCGAGCCUCUGUCGCCACGCCCGUCAGGCCGGCCGUCGGGUGUCUUGCCGGUGUGUCCCAUCAGUGUGCCGAACGAGCGCACAUCCGAGCUGCCGGUGCCGGCAUCGCCGCUGGAUCAUGAUGUUACGUAUGGUGGUCGAUCAUCCUCCAUGGACUCGCCCAACAACAUGUUUGCCCAUCCCCCCUCCCAACAGUUGACGCCACGGGACGACGAAAGCUCAGAUCCCGACUGGCUCGAGGCACCUGGGUCGUCGUCUAUGUCGUCGCUGGGAUGGGUCGAAAGCACGCCUACUAUUAUGCGCAAAUCUGUGACUCGCAUGAAUGAGCCGGGUAUAAGUUCGCCUCAUUUCAAGUUGGACUUUUCUCCCGAUGCACCUUUCGACGGACCCAAGUGGUACGAAGCCACACAUUCGCCCAUGGUACUGCAAAAAGGCAAGUCGGCAGUGCGCCCACGUCACUCUCAACCAGCUCAUAUGCUCACGCCGCCCAAUCCGCACGAUCAGACGGCCGCUGUGACACAGAGUGCGCCCGCAGGACGAUUCCGUUCGUCGCUUUCAAGUCAGUUUGAAGAUCACUUUGUCGUCGAGGGCGUGCUGGGCACGGGCGAGUUUAGUGAGGUAGUCAAGGUGCGCGAAAAGGCCACAGGUCUCUUGUCGGCGGUGAAGCGCAUGAAGCGCCCAUUCCACGGCCCAAAAGACCGGGUGCGGCGCCUAGAAGAAGUGGAUGUCAUGCGUGUGCUAAAAGAGCAGCACGCCGCUUGGCAAGACCCGUGGUUUGGCGCAGAAGGGGUCGUGGAGCUGCUGGAUGCAUGGGAAGAAGAGGGGCAUCUCUACCUCCAGACUGAGCUCUGUUCGUUGGGAUCACUCGCGUUUGUCUUGGCAGAAUACGGUCGCCAGGUUGGUGCGCUAGACGAGGCGCGUCUGUGGAAGAUUCUGGCGGAGCUAUCGGCGGCCGUGUACUUUAUUCACCAGUGCGGUGUCUUGCACCUGGAUCUCAAGCCGGCCAAUAUUCUGAUCACUGAGGUUGGCACGCUGAAAAUCACCGACUUUGGCAUGGCAACGCGCUGGCCGCGUUGCACUGCGCAGGAAAUUCUCGCUGGCUCGCAUUUGACGACGCACGGCUCGACGAGGGACAGCGACUUGUCAGACACGUCUUUUUCGCCGGCGCACAUGACGCCUGAGCAAGCGUCGCUGCCAACUGCUGCCGUACAUGCUACGGUGCAGCGCCCGCGUCGACGCCCAGCGCGUCUGCAGCGGCGACCAAGUCCGAUUCUCGCAUUGGAGCGCGAGGGCGACCGUGAGUACAUUGCACCCGAGGUGAUAUUUGAGAGCAAGUACGGCAAGCCGGCGGAUAUUUUCAGUUUGGGUCUGAUUCUGUUGGAAGCCGCGUGCAGUGUCGAGAUCCCAGACAACGGAGCGCCGUGGCACAAGCUGCGCUGCAACGACUUUUCAGACGUCAGUUUCGAUGCGAUCAGUGCGACUCUGCAGAGCGUCAUAACUUCGAUGUUGUCAGCAGAGCCUAGCAUGCGGCCCACUGCCUCGGAUCUUGUGGAUAUGCCUGUGCUGGAGAGGGUGCGACAGCUCAUGCGCCGUGGUCUGAGUGCCGAUGAGCUUGAUCAGUUGCCGCUGCACGGAGGCAAACCUGCGCCGGCAGCGCCGUACCCCGUGCCGCCGGUCAAGUACUACGAGGCGCCUCAUACAGGUAUGCUUGACGCACACCGCACCGUGGUAAAAAUCCGAGGUGCCCUCAUUCAGGAAGACGAGCAGGCUUUCCUCGCAGAGGUGCUGCAAAGCGCCGACACACGCGACACCUCUUCGCCGGAUACGUCGACGUCGCUCAUGACCGAGGACUCGCUCCAGCAGGAUGCAUCCUGUACGCGAGUGGCCCCUGUUGUUCAUACCUAUACACCUGCGCUCAUGUCCCCGUCUGCCUACCUGCACGAUCAAGUAUCGUCCGGGAUGGACAUUGACAAAACCUUUCCGGUAGGCUAA